AUGAACGCAACAUUAAUUGAUCGGUCAUAUUCUACCGCACAUCCUAGGGGUCAAGAAUUACGAGCCGAAGAGACAAAGGAGCAUUUCUCACAUGAUGAGCUAAUUCGAGUUCUUGUUGAGGAAGGUGCUCUGAAAAGAUCCGAAGAUGAUCGUACCCUGAGCCAGUUGUUAUCUUCUGCUCGUCAAGGUUCUGGUUCCGUAACGGAUUCGCCGAUGUGUGGACCAUCGGAUACGUCCACACCACAGCGCGCAAAUCCAUCUCAACGUCAGGGUCAAAAUGAGUUUGUUCUUGACAAGGUAGGGGAGCUAUUCGGGAUUUAUGUUUUCAAGAUCAACACCUACUGGGCAGAAGGAUUGGAUAAAGAGACCCGAAAACUGUUAGGCGAUCGGUUUGGACUGGAAGGAGUGAAGGAUGUAGUCAGCUUGGAAGACAAAAGUCUUCUUGAUCUGGUGAACGAAGUGACAGAAAUCGUACAAGGAGCAAGUCUUUUACUGAUUCAGAGCGACACCAAUGUGAAAGUGAAAUGGAUGUAUGAGCUAGCAUCGGACGCAUCACACUGCGGUUUUGAUUCGGUAAGACUUUCAGUGUUCAAAUGGUCCGAUACGAAGGACAUGGACGUUUACGAAAAGAAGUUAUUCAAUGCCAAAGGCAAGGACUUGGAAGGUGCGAUUUGCGCUAGUACAAUUUGCCGUGAUGGCCUUGCAUGCGAGUGCCUGCUCCCCCGUGGAGUUGGGAAGCUGAGAGCAGGAGUUCAACCAGAACUGAGCGUUUCAAUACCGAUGCAACCAGGAGGUAUUGUGGAGACCACACCGGUCCAAAAUGAAGCGGCUGGCUGCGUCAAAACUGAACACCAGCCUGAUGGACGUUUACAGUUGGUGACAGACGAGAAUGCGGUGUUUGGAAAUAUCACCAAGUUUCUAUCGGUCGAGAUGUACACUGGGGGUCACGUCUAUGCUGUGGUUAGUCAUCGUUUUUGGAAUUCGUUUACUGUUUUUCUGUAA